AUGACGUCACCGCGCGCGCCGCCGUGUGACCACGCCCACACAUCGCUCACCCCUCUCUCUCCCGCGGUGACGCGCGGCUCCUCCCCCCCCCCGGUGACGUCACAACGGCAGGAAGUGACGCAGGCGGUCGACCCGGCGACGGCAGCUUUGGUGAAUUACUCCUCAUCAUCCUCCUCCUCGUCCUCCUCAUCCUCCUCAUCCUCGUCGCCUCCGCCAUGGCCGUUCUUGAGGAACCCGGACAUCCUGGUGGGCGAGAACGACCUCACCUGUCUGAGCCACCUCCACGAGGCUGCCGUUCUGCACAAUCUCCGUGUCCGCUACUCCGAGUGCGGACACAUCUACACUUACUGUGGCAUUGUCCUGGUGGCCAUCAACCCAUACAUGGACGUGCCCCUGUACGGGCAGGAUGUGGUGGACGCCUACAGCGGACAGGGCGCUGGGCACCUGGACCCACACGUCUUCGCUGUGGCAGAUGAUGCAUACAGGCAGAUGGCCCGUGACGCGCGUUGCCAGUCGAUCGUGGUGAGUGGUGAGAGUGGUGCCGGCAAGACCGUGUCAGCUCGUCACGUGAUGCGAUUCUUCGCCUCCGUGGGCGGUGGCCACGCCCACAUGGAGGAGAAAGUUCUCGCCUCCAACCCCGUGAUGGAGGCGAUAGGCAACGCUAAGACG